UCCUGCGUCCGACACGGGCCAAGAUCGACCGAGGAAGACCAUCGAAAGCCAUUUGAUAGUCCAACAUCCAAAACAAAUCCGCUCUCAGUCACCCUUCCACUAAAAGCAUUCAAUCAAUCCAUCGCCCAUCCGCCAGCCGACGAUGUCGCUGAUUCGCCGUGGCGACGUGUUCGACCCCUUCUCUCUUGAUCUCUGGGACCCUUUCUCCUUCGGCUCCGGCAGCGGCAGCAUCUUCCCUCGCACCGGCUCCGAGACCGCCAGCUUCGCCGGCGCGCGCAUCGACUGGAAGGAGACCCCCGAGGCGCACGUGUUCAAGGCCGACGUGCCGGGGCUGAAGAAGGAGGAGGUGAAGGUGGAGAUCGAGGACGGCAACGUGCUGCAGAUCAGCGGCGAGCGCAGCAGGGAGCACGAGGAGAAGUCCGACACCUGGCACCGCGUCGAGCGCAGCAGCGGCAAGUUCCUGCGCAGGUUCAGGCUCCCCGACAACGCCAAGACGGAGCAGAUCAAGGCGGCCAUGGAGAACGGCGUGCUCACGGUUACCGUGCCCAAGGAGGAGGCCAAGAAGACCGAUGUCAAGCCAGUUCAGAUCACCGGCUAGAGCCUUGGGCUUGGAUCGUAGCUGCUUCUGCUCAGAGAGUCAAAUAAACCAAGCUUGGGUAUGGGUUGGUAACUUGGUAUGCUGUGUGGUGCGAGUCUCGAUAGUGCACGGAAUGUUCGUGUAGUUGCUGUGGGUUCGUGAGUCUGGUGGAGAGCAUGUGUGUUACGUAACGGCCGAAAUUGUAGUAGUGUGUACAGUGCUGUUGUAUCGAGCAGAGCAGCAUCGCUCAUAAAGAAAUAAACUAAGCUGUGUGCAUCAAUUUCCUUUUCGAAAAAAA